ACCACUGGAGAUAUGUCAUGUGACGCAUAUCAGUAUUGUGGCGUACAGCUGCCACAGGAAUUGUAGUAUUUCCACUGCUGCAUGUACUGGUAUUGAGUAACACAUCUAAUCACUUCUUGCACCCUUACCUGAAGGUGCAGGGAUAUUAGUAAUGCUAAAUUGUGCUACAACCUGCACACCAGAGGAGGAAAACGGUAAAAAAAAAAAAAAAGAGUAAAUUGUGAAAUAACUACUGAUAAAGACGCAGUCCACAGUGAUUGUGUGUGUGCUACAUGAUGACGUAAAAAAAAGGCUACAGGUUCGUCAGCAUCAUUCUCCACCUUGACAGCAGCUGAGCGACGGCGCUCAAAAAGGAGGUAAGACGUACGUUCACCUCGGCCAACGUCAUCGCACACGUCACUGCUCGUCGUCGCCGCCGCCGCCGCAGUGCCAGGUCAGUUUCUGCUCAUAGAAGUCAAUCACCGCUUGAGGACACCUAGCGCUCGCCUCGUGGGCCGACAACAGUGCGACGUCACCAGAGUUCUUCCUGUGGAAGAAAAUAAUAUAAUAAUAUGUAUCAAAACGUCAAAUUAUUUGCUUCAUCAAAGCGACACCAAAUUCCCCUUUAAAGGAGGAAGCAGUGAAGUUACCAUUUGACUAAAAACAUGAGCUCUCCCUUUCGGUCUGCGGAGCCGAUGAUGCAUUCAGGCUGGGGGUAAGCGCUGUAGUCGGUGGGUGAAUCUGGAUCGCCCACAAUGUCGCCACCGCAGUCCUGAUUGUGCCUCUGUGACCGGGAGAAAAGUACCAUCAGUACACAUGUACUCGUAUAUAAAGCGGUUGCUGAAUUUUCCUAAUUUAAGACCAAAAAUAUAGAGCUUUUCUUCCGGUCACUCACACACACACCUAUGAGGGUUUGUGGGUCUUGUUGUGCAUUAUCUUAAUAUGUAAUUUUUGUAGAUUUGAUAAUGAGAACCGAAAUUAAGGUAUUUUGUCGUCUCCACACUCACACUCACAAAUUCCAUCUCCUCUCUCAAUUCCUCUUUAGGAACAAACUCCUGCUCUUCUUCCUCAUUGUCUUCUGAGAAAUGGUUUCUCAGGAAGUCCUCGAUCAGUUCCGGACAGUCCAGGUUGUCUUCGGGCUCCCAUGUGUUGUCUGCACUGUAAUCACGAUAAACAAAAGGAGAGAUGGAGCGCAUUUACACACAGUGAUAACGGAUGCGUUACAAACGAGGGACUAUCUGCACUCUCCAGCAGCCAAAACAUCUCUGAAGACCCCCGAGAGGACAAGCCGCGCAGUGCAGUCACACUCCAGCACCGCAGGACGCUUGACUGAGCACGAAUCCAUUAUUCAUCUCCGUGUCAUAACAAUGAGGAGGCUUUGAUUGUGAUGGACGUGCCGACAAUGGCGUGGAAACGGCAAGGAGAAAAACACGAAGCCAUCCUCAGUCUCCGCAUCGCUCCACGCCACCAACGGAGCUUUUCUCAAAAAAAAGCCAGAGGCACUUCUCUACCAGAGUCCAAGUGGGGUCAAAGGUUAAACUCUAUAUCACCCUUUGAUUUUAGCUGUCAUGAUAACUGGGACUCAAACAUCCAAACAACUUUAUCUCCUGACCCAAUGCCGCAGCUUCAAAGCGCGGGUCCUGGCACACGUCGCUGAUGUUAACUGGGAGUCCCGUGGAGGCCACCAGUUCGGCGAUGCUGUUAUUGAUCAGCCAAUCAGAGCAAGACAGCUUCUCCAUGCUAUCAUACGGAUGAGGGGGACAUCAGCUCAAACGUCUUGGAAAACUUCACAACCUAAAGAGAGAGACACAAAGGCAUCAUCAUGAUAACCAGGUACUGCAGUACUUCCAACUGGAUGAUGACGGCUAUUAUGAUACAAUGGGAGUAUUUUACCUCAUAAGCGUUGGAGAUGUUGACGGUCUCUCCAUGCUCCGCCACGUAUCCAAUGAUGCCCUUUCCCCAAGGCACCUGCACCUCGUUGGAGUUGAGGGUGCUGGAUGAAGGUCUGACUGUGGUGCCCGAGUGCACGUCAAACAACUUGGACACCAGAGUCCUCUUGUGAGCAGGACCCUCCACAAGGAAGAGGGAGCACCUGUCCGCGUCCACUAGGAUGCACACGUUGAUCAGGAUCUUAUAGCUCAGAUUGGUCAGGUCCAGAUCGUUGGAGAUGUCCUUCACCAGCUCCAGGAAGAACUCCCUUUCAUUGGUCUCCCUGAGUCGACACUUGUGGUCCGUGGCUGUGGAUGCGUACUGUGGUACGCUGACUCUGGACUCCAGCAGGGCGCUGAGGAUGUGCGCGGUGGUGGGAGGAAGGGAGCUGGCUUUACGCAGGAGCGCGCGUCGCCUCAUGCUGGACUGGGGGUCCUGCUGGCUGAAGCUGGCGUGCUCGUCGUAGGUUCGGUGCGCGGUGGUGGCUUUGGACCGGGCGAAGUUGCGCCGAAGCUCCAAGUGAGACGAUCUCCGACGGAGAGCGUCCGGAUUGGCGGGCCAGAGAGUGGGGUCCUUCGCUGGGACGCGUCUCUCCUCGAUUGUGGAUACUUUGGGGGCUUGGUGCUCCCUCAUCCACUUGCUAAUGUGCUCGCACUUGGCUUUUCGAACCAGAUACUCCUCAAAGAGGUCCGGGUGUCCGUCCAAGAACGCCUCUAUGUCAGAGAAGUCAGAAGCCAUCAUGGUGGGAGAUGCUGUGAGGAGCGAACGACGCGCUCGAAUGCCGGAACAGAACAGUGAAGCUGACGUAGGGGCUGACCUCCUAACGUGGAUCCAUUCAUUACUCAGGCUGCUGUAUUCUUUGGAUGACCUUCAGGCCCCUGCUUGAUGCCUCAUGCUGCUCUCUUAAGGAAACACUAUCCAUUACGUGGACACACAAGGACUGAAGAGUCCCUGCAGCCAGAUGGAGUCAACAUGGUUAAACAACGUCACGAUACCGAAUCGCCAUGACAUCGCCGAUGCCACAAAGAAAAGCGACGUGCGCCUCAACGAUCAGCUCAUACCCAAACCCACCCAUGUAAAUUUAGUGGAAAAAAUACUAAAGUUUCCCAGAACUCCAAAAGAACAUCCGUAUGCAUCCCACAUCUCCCGAUUUGCCAUGUUCCCCGCCUUCCGAUCUUCAGGUUCAGGAAAGCCUUUCCCUUUUAUCAGCCCCAUCGUUCCACCUCCACCGACAAAUGUUAUUCUGCGUAGCAAAACUAAAGGGGGUCCAUACAGGCAUGAGGUCUUGGAGAUGCCAUCAAGUGAGGAUGCGGCCAUAAGUACAGAAGACUACGGCUUUGUAGAUCUUCCGAAACCAGCGAAAGGAAUAAAACAUGCAAUGUACCCGGCUCCCGUGAAGGCGGUGCUGCCCACCCCUAAAGUCGAAGGGGAUUUGACGGCGUCUGAGCGAUCGCACAACAUGGCAAAAAGCUUUGAGAAGAUGCACUGGAUGACGUCUUACCAGAUGCACUACAAAGGCCAUACGGACGAUGCCGCCGCCACCCUGGAUUACGAAGGAUGGCAGCCAGAUCGUCAACUUUUUAAUCUUAAAAUGAAUGACAUAACGGAAAACGCGCCCAACACUACCGGGAGACCUUCACAAUCUGCACCACUGCGAACAGAGAGAGACAGGAGCCUUUAUGUGAGUCUUCCUUCCAAAGCGAGACAAGGAAUCAAGAAAAGACAGGAGAAAAACACGAGGAACGCUUAUGCCGAUGUCUAUUCAAACGCAUCUCCGGCUCCGAAACAACGUUCCGCUAGAAGCCAGCAAAGUUCUCGCAAGAUCGCGAGUGACCCCAAAGAAGCAACGACUCCACAAAUUGCCCCUCAAGUUCCCAGUGGACCAGAACGUGCUGAGUCUUCAGGCACAAAUCGAGUGGCGGGGAACAUUUGUGGCGAUUAUGAGAGCAAAAAAGCAACAAAGGUGCGUUUUAACGAAACCCAAACACGUGAACGAGAAACUGAACCGCCACAAAUCCCGCCUCGGCCUCCUGUGCUGCCUGAAAUUACACCAGUCAGAAGAGCUGUUGGUAGUUCGGAAGGUGCAGCUGGUGACCUUCUGGGCCUGCAAGGUUCUUAUACAAAAACAAAGGCCCAUCAGGACUUCAACAGCUCUAUUAAUUAUGAUUCAGUCAACCUGAGGGACAAUGUGGUGAGUGGCAAGAAACAUAACUUUUAUGGCAUCAACUGUAACUACAUACACGGAUAAUAAACUUUAUUUAUGAUCGAUAACGUACACUACAAAAACACUUAUUAAUUAAUCCAAAAAAAUAAAACAAUUCAAAAUGC